AUGCAGAUAGGUACUGGAAAGAAACAAUCCCUAGAAGAAGCAAAAGAUGAUGUUGACAUCCAGUACUUGGAGAGUAGCACCACCAACCCUUAUUCUGUAGCACCCCACGAAGGGUCCCUGCAAGUGCCUAUCCCAUGUGCUGUGUUGACUGUGGUCAUCAUCACUGUCUUAGUCAUGGCUCUCAUCGCUUUAUCAGUGGGCAAGUACAAUUGUCCAGGCCAAUAUAUGCCUUUGGCACCCUCAAACAGUCAUAUUUCUUCAUGUUCGGCAAACUGGAUCAAAUACGAGAAGACAUGCUACUCCAUUUCAACUGAGCAAAGAAACUGGACUUCAUCCUACAAUGAAUGUUCCCAGCAUGGUGCUACACUUGCUAUCAUUGACUCUGAAGAGAAAAUGAACUUCUUUAAACAAUCUGUGAAUAUGGGUACAAUCAAAUACUGGAUUGGACAGAGAAACGAAACAGAACAGUCUUGGAAAUCUUCAAAUGCCAAAGAACUGGAUAACUGGUUCAACCUUACAGGAUCUGAGUACUGCCCAUUUCUGAACAGCACAGAGAUCAGCAGCACAAAAUGUGGAAAGAUGUUAAAAUGGAUAUGCAGCAAGCCCUCCAGAUAA